GAUGUGAGUUAUAAUCCAUAAUAGUAUUUGUCGCAGAUCCUAUUAAAAUCAAAUAGCUUGUAACUGUUUUUCUUUUUUAAUCUAUUAUGGGUUGCGAUGGUGGAACUAUUCCGCGUAGAGAUGAACUCGUAAGAGUAAAGAAGAAACCAGAACAAAAAGAUAAAGAAGCAGAAUUAGCAUUUAAAUGGAGACAUUGCACAAUAAAACAAUUACCAUUACAACCGCCAGUAGUUGGUUGUGGUUUAGGUCAUCUUUAUAGUAAAGAAUCUGUAUUGGAAGGUCUUCUGGAUCGAAGUACACUUCCAGAAUCAGCACAACAUAUUAAAACCUUGAAAGAUCUGAAGAAUUUGAAUUUGACACCAAAUCCAGCAUUUGAUGGUAAUAAAGCAAAAAAAGGAGAUUGUUACACUGAUGAAGGAAAAAGUCCAUAUAUUUGUCCACUUAUUGGAUUAGAAAUGAAUGGAAAAUACAAAUUCUGUUUUUUAUGGUCAUGUGGUUGUGUAAUGAGUGAAAGAGCACUUAAAGAAGUAAAAAGCAAGAUAUGUCAUCAAUGUCAACAACCAUUUACUGAAACAGAUAUUGUUAUUAUAAAUGCAGAAGGUGAUGAUUUUAAAUUGAUGGAAAAAAAUAUGGCAUUACGUAAAACAAUACAGAAAAAAUCUAAGAAACAGAAAUAUAAUGAAGACGAUCAGACACAAGAUAUUAAGCAAGAAGAUGUACCAAAGAAGAAAAUGAAAAAGGAGGAUAGAAAUUCUGUUAUUAAAAUUAAUAAUAAUAGGACUAAAGCUGAAGAUCCAGCAUAUAAAAAAGUUAAAGAUAAUUACAGUGUUGCCAAAGAUCCUAAAGCAUCAGAAGUUUUCAAGAGUAUAUUUACUACUCAUAAAUCUGCAGCAGAUCAAGAUAGAGCACAUUGGAUUACGUAUAACCCAUUUUACAAUUGAAAUAUAAUUUGAAUGUAAAAGUUUUCAAAACAAUUAAUCUUAUGUGUAACAGACAUUAUAUAUAAAAAUAAUUGUAACACACUGUAAACGCUAAAAUG